GUAUGACGGAAAGCAUGAGGAAACAUCCGGUUCUUCUUUACGUCCAUGGAGAGAGUUACGACUGGGGUAGCGGAAACCCCUACGACGGUAGCGUGCUGGCCAGCUACACGGACCAAGUGAUAGUUACGAUGAACUAUCGGCUGGGUGUUCUUGGAUUUCUCAAUGCCAACAUUGCGCCGCACUUGAAAGCGAGGGUCGCAAAUUAUGGGCUUAUGGACCAGAUCGCCGCCCUUCAUUGGGUCCAGCAAAACAUUGCGCUUUUUGGUGGGGAUCCUGGAAACGUAACCCUCAUGGGGCAGGGUACAGGUGCAGCUUGCGUCAACUUUCUCGCCAUCAGCCCGACAGUCAUGCAUG